GUCCAAGCCAGUUCUGAUCGGGUCUUUGAAUGGUGCUCACCCCUCACCCAUUGGCAUAUGAAAUAAUUUUAUUUUUAAUUAAAGAAUUGAAAAGGGUAAGUUAGUCCUUGGCAACCCUAAGUAAAAGUCUCCCUUGGCCUUGCCUCCGACCUAACGUGCUCAACCUAGAGUGGUGUACGAUAUAACUGCUUUUGGUGUUACAAUCCAACCACCAACGAAUAGCCCAAGCGUCCCUUGAUUUCUCACUUUGCUGCUCGCCCACGGGUUUCUCGCACGGAGAAUUAGUUGCACUUCUGUUUCCCCGAGGUAUAUUCCCCGCUCCGAUUCUUUCGAUUUUGUUGAUUCUUCCGCAACCUCUUCAUACAUAGUCCGAUGUUUUGUAUUCAUUGACCUUUGUUUUUGGCAUUGAACAAAGAUCAGAUCUAGGAGAAAACGAAGAAGAUCCGAGAGAUGGGUAGCUCUGGAAUUUCAUGGAAAUUGAACGACCAUCCCAAGCUCCCCAAAGGGAAAACCAUCGCGUUGAUCGUUUUGGAUGGAUGGGGCGAGGCUAAAGCUAAUGAGUAUAACGCUAUCCACGUUGCUGAAACUCCCACCAUGGAUUCUUUCAAACAGGGUCAUCCGGAUACAUGGAGGUUGAUCACAGCACACGGUCAUGCAGUGGGUCUCCCCACACAAGAUGACAUGGGCAACAGUGAGGUUGGCCACAAUGCCCUCGGUGCUGGAAGGAUCUUUGCCCAAGGUGCAAAGCUUGUUGACUCGGCCCUUGCUUCUGGAAAAAUUUAUGAUGGAGAAGGAUUCAAUUACAUUAAAGAAAGCUUUCAAACUGGAACUUUGCACUUUAUUGGGCUACUGAGUGAUGGAGGUGUCCACUCCAGGCUUGAUCAAUUGCUGCUGUUGGUGAACGGUGCUGCUGAUCGUGGUGCCAAAAAGAUCCGUGUCCAUGCCUUAACGGAUGGGCGUGAUGUACUUGACGGUUCAAGUGUAGGGUUCAUGGAAACCCUUGAAAAUGAUCUUGCAAAAUUGCGCGAAAAGGGCAUUGAUGCUCAGGUUGCAUCAGGUGGAGGUCGCAUGUAUGUGACGAUGGAUCGAUAUGACAAUGAUUGGGAUGUUGUAAAGCGAGGUUGGGAUGCCCAAGUUCUAGGUGAAGCUCCAAACAAGUUUAGGAAUGGUCUAGAAGCUGUCAAGAAGCUUAGGGAGAUUCCGGGUGCAAAUGAUCAGUACUUACAGGCAUUUGUCAUUGUGGAUGAAAAUGGAAAGCCCGUUGGGCCCAUUGUAGAUGGUGAUGCUGUCGUGACCUUCAACUUCCGUGCAGAUCGUAUGGUUAUGUUAGCAAAGGCCCUUGAGUAUGAAAACUUUGAUAAAUUCGAUCGUGUCCGGGUUCCUAAAAUCCGGUAUGCUGGUAUGCUACAGUAUGAUGGGGAGUUGAAGCUUCCUAGCCAUUACCUUGUUUCUCCUCCAGAAAUUGACAGAACUUCUGGGGAAUACUUGGUGCACAAUGGUGUUCGUACUUUUGCUUGCAGUGAAACUGUCAAAUUUGGACAUGUCACUUUUUUCUGGAAUGGGAACCGUUCUGGAUAUUUUAAUGCUGAUAUGGAGGAGUAUGUUGAAAUUCCAAGUGAUGUGGGGAUAACAUUCAAUGUCCAGCCAAAAAUGAAGGCUACAGAGAUAGGUGAAAAGGCUAGAGAUGCUAUUCUUAGCGGCAAGUUUGAUCAGGUACGUGUUAACAUUCCAAACGGUGACAUGGUGGGACAUACCGGUGACAUUAAAGCAACUAUUGAAGCUUGCAAAUCUGCCGAUCAAGCUGUCAAGAUGAUAAUUGAUGCAAUAGAACAAGUUGGGGGAAUUUAUGUUGUUACGGCAGAUCAUGGAAAUGCAGAAGACAUGGUGAAGAGAAACAAGAAGGGAGAGCCACUUCUCGACAAGAAUGGAAACAUCCAGAUCCUCACUUCUCACACUUGUGAACCCGUACCUAUUGCAAUUGGUGGGCCUGGUCUGAGCAAAGGAGUUAGAUUCCGGCGAGAUGUCCCAAGUGGUGGUCUUGCUAAUGUUGCUGCAACUGUGAUGAAUCUGCAUGGGUUUGAAGCACCUGACGACUACGAGUGCACCUUGAUUGAGGUUGUUGACAAUUAAAGAGGACUUUUUUCUUGCAUUGUGUAUGUUGGUAUUAAGAAUUUUUGUGGUUUAAAAGUAUUCAGGAGAAACAUGCCAAACUUCAUUCUUGAAUCUUGGCUGGUAUCCAGCGCAUCAUGUUUUUGGUUGUAGAUCAUGAAUUUUGAUACUAAUAAGAGCAACGGCUCCACUUGGUUUAGUGAAAAGCUGCAUUAUGCAUUAUACGAAAUUAUUUUAUGCUUCUCAGAUCCAUCCCCUUUUUCAUCUGGUAUGAUGAAAUUCUUUUGAAUGGGAAUUUGCGAAAUGGAUUGUUGCUGCCUUUUGUUAUGUAUAAUUUCUAGUACACCGAGAGAUACACCCGGUUUAGACUUCGGAUCCCAGGCAGUUCCUUGACAUGGGGAUGGGGUUCGUGGCAAUUUUUUUUAAUAAAAACAACGGGUUUAAUGCACCAAACUCUCCUGUGAUUUGGAAAUUCGGCGCAUUAGCCCCCUGUGAUUUAAAAAAUGCGCCAAACCCCCUUGUGUUUUAAUUAAUCAUGCACAAAACCCCCUUUAUGAAUAAAUUUAACGAUUUGAAAAUCACUUUUCCUAAUAUUUUGAUUGAAUAUGCAAAUAAAUAUGUCAAAAUAUGUGAAUCAUACAAAAAUGUUAAUCAUUUUUCUUUUAUUUGACAAUUGAAUUUGUUCACAUAAGGGAUUUGGCGCAUGAUUAAUUAAAACACAGAGGGGUUUGACGCAUUUUUUAAAUCACAGGGGGCUAAUGUGCCAAAUUUCCAAAUCACAGGGGGGUUUGAUGCAUUAAACCCUAAAAACAACAUAUGGGUAAGUGGUAAUAAAUUUCAGUUUGUUAUGUACUUGUUUAAAACUUAACUUUUGAAGUUUAAUAUGAUGAUAAACUUGAGUGUAUUUGCAUUUCAUAUCAUUUUGAACAUUGAAUGUCUUUCUAUGACAAAGUUAACGGUGAUUUGUAGGACAUUUUAAAAAACUAACGGAAA